AUGGACAAGCUGAAUGUCUUCAGGAGGGAGCUGGUGGACGUACAGGGUGUCCCCCUCUUCUGGGGCAUUGCUGAAGAAUGGUCUCAGGUGGAAGCAUUUGAGGCCCGUCCAGAUGACCUGCUGAUCUCUACCUACCCCAAAUCUGGAACAACUUGGAUCAGUGAAAUACUGGAUUUGAUCUAUAACAAUGGGGAUGCAGAAAAAUGUAAACGGGAUGUAAUACACAGACGAGUGCCUUUCAUGGAAUUUAUAAUUCCAGGAAUUUCAAAUGGUGUCGAGCAGUUAAACAAUAUGCAGUCUUCCCGAUUAGUGAAAACACAUCUGCCUGUUGAACUCCUUCCUUCUUCAUUUUGGAAGAAUGAUUGCAAGAUGAUCUAUAUGGCCCGGAAUGCCAAAGAUGUGGCUGUAUCUUACUACUACUUCUACCAGAUGGCAAAAGUACAUCCAGACCCAGGCACCUGGGAUGAGUUCCUGGAAAAAUUCAUUGCUGGGAAGGUGGCCUAUGGUUCUUGGUAUGACCAUGUGAAAGGCUGGUGGGAGAAAAGGGAGGAUUAUCGCAUCCUUUAUCUAUUUUAUGAAGACAUGCAAGAGGAUCCAAAACUUGAAAUCCAGAAGUUGAUAGAGUUUCUAGAUAAAGAUGUACCAGAAGAAACUGUGGAUAAAAUCAUUUAUCACAGCUCUUUCAAUGUGAUGAAGCAGAACCCCACUACAAAUUAUACUAUGCUGGGCAAAGAACAGAUGGACCAUUCUGUGUCUCCGUUUAUGAGAAAGGGUAUUUCAGGAGACUGGAAGAAUCAAUUCACUGUAGCUCAGUAUGAGAGGUUCGAAGAAGAUUACAUAAAGAAAAUGAAGGAUUCCACACUACAAUUUCGUUCAGAGCUCUAA